ACUGUCUCGCGUUCAUACCACCACACCUGUGACGCCCAAUCAGCACAACAGCGUCGACAAAUGGCUGGGAAACUGCCGCUGCCAAGUACUCAAGAAACAAGUUCCCGAAUGUCGCCUGCGCUGAACUUUGCGACACUGGCAAGGGCUAUCGGACGCGUUACACAGGUUCUACAACGUCUCUGGAACGUUAUAGAAACCCUCAUAAUCCGCAUAGCAACACUCCCAUACUACCGCCUCUACCACUUCAACACCAUCAAUCCCCUCCGCAACCUCGCCUACCUCGCCUCAUCCCCCAACCCCGACACCAAAAAACUUCACUCCACACUAUCAAGCUGGCGUACCAGAAAACUUAACGAACUCCAAUUUACUACAAUCUCUUGCACCGUCCUCGCCGCCGCCGUCAUCGGCGCCUUCUCCUGGCCCACACUCUCCACCGCGCACUGGCUCACCCCCGGAUUCUGGCAUACCAGCUUAAUCCUAUCGAUUUUAGGGAUCUUGCUAUCGGCGUCUGAGAUUACGGUUUUGAAUUUAUUGGGGCCGGUCAGGUACACGGCUGCUGCUGCUGCCUCCUCGCAUCUUCCAUCACCCUCUUCCUCCUCUACCUCACCUAGUAAUGUUGGCAGUGGCGGCGGUGAUGGAUUGCAUGACGCGACGAUGAAGAGGUACAUGCCGCUACUUCUCUCACCUGUGAUGAUCAAAGAGGAUGCAAGCGGUGGUGGUGGUGCGAAGCAAUACUACGUCCCCCGGCGCAAGAUGGUGUUUACAUGGCAAGCACCGCUGAUGUUCAUGUCGUAUUCUGUCUGCGCUUUUCUAGCUGGCCUGACGGUUUUGGUUGGCGUACCGAUUGUGCGGGGGGAGAGGAAGGGGACGUGGGGGGAUGAAGGGUGGAAUAUCGCGGUCAUGUACCUUACGGCGUUUGGGGCUGGGCUUGCGGCGUUUGUGUAUUGCUCGUUUUGGGUAUAUCACUAUGUGCAUGCUGAGCAUGAUGGGAUUGAGCGCGACGAGUAUCGCGAGGUGGGGCCUUGGGGUGUGUUUGCUGCUGGGUAUGAUUGAGGUUUUUUUAGUCAUAGUAGGAAUAGGUAUGUUUUUCUUUUCCUGUGCUGUCGGUAUUAGCGGCGAUGGGAGUAUGCAGGUACAGCGCAUGGU